AUCUGCUUUAACUUUGGGAAUGGACUUCACCUAGAGGCCUUAAACCUAAGACAUGAAAAUAAGCUGCAUCCUAAACACACUCAUUUAGUAAGGCAGAAACGGGCCUGGAUCACUGCCCCCGUGGCUCUUCGGGAAGGAGAGGAUCUGUCCAAGAAGAAUCCAAUUGCCAAGAUACAUUCUGAUAUUGCAGAAGAAAAAGGAUUCAAAAUCACAUACAAAUACACCGGGAAAGGGAUCACAGAGCCACCUUUUGGUGUAUUUGUCUUCAAUAAAGACACUGGAGAAUUGAACGUUACAAGCAUUCUUGAUCGAGAGGAAACACCAUUUUUUCUGCUGAUAGGUUAUGCUUUGGAUGAAAGAGGAAACAACCUAGAGAAACCAUUAGAACUGCGCAUUAAAGUUCUAGACAUCAAUGACAAUGAGCCGGUAUUCACACAGGACGUCUUCGUUGGGUCCAUUGAAGAGCUGAGUGCUGCACAUACACUUGUGAUGAAAAUCAAUGCAACAGAUGCAGACGAGCCCAAUACUAUGAAUUCCAAAAUCUCCUAUAGAAUCGUAUCUCAGGAGCCUGCCUAUCCCCCAGUGUUCUACCUAAACAAAGAUACAGGGGAGAUUUACACAACCAGUAUUACCUUGGACAGAGAGGAACACAGCAGCUAUUCCUUGAUAGUAGAAGCAAGAGACGGCAACGGUCAAAUAACAGAUAAGCCAGUCAAACAAGCUCAAGUUCAGAUUCGUGUUUUGGAUGUCAAUGACAACAUCCCUAGGGUGGAAGAUGAAAUGUACGAAGGGAUGGUGGAAGAAAACCAAGUUAAUGUGGAAGUCAUGCGCAUAAAAGUGUUCGAUGCAGAUGAAAUAGGCUCUGAUAAUUGGUUGGCAAAUUUUACAUUUGCGUCAGGAAAUGAAGGGGGUUAUUUCCACAUAGAAACAGAUGCGCAGACUAAUGAAGGGAUUGUGACCCUUAUUAAGGAAGUAGAUUAUGAAGAGAUGAAGAAUCUUGACUUCAGUAUUAUUGUCACUAACAAAGCAGCUUUUCACAAGUCAGUUAGGAAUAAAUACAAGCCUACCUCCAUUCCCAUCAAAGUAAAGGUGAAAAAUGUGAAAGAAGGCAUUCAUUUUAAAAGCAGCACAGUCUCCGUGCACGUUAGUGAGAGCAUGGAUAGAUCGAGCCAAAGCCAAGUCAUUGGAAAAUUUCAAGCUUUUGAUGAAGACACUGGACAAGUCGCCCGUGUAAAAUAUGCCAAAUUGGAAGAUAUAGACAAUUGGGUCACUGUGGAUUCUGUCACAUCUGAAAUUAGACUUGCAAAGACACCUGAUUUUGAAUCUAGAUAUGUCCAGAAUGGUACAUACACUGUAAAGAUUUUGGCUAUAUCAGAAGAAUAUCCUAGAAAAACCAUCACCGGCACGGUCCUUAUCACAGUACAAGACAUCAAUGACAAUUGCCCCACGCUUGUGGACCCAGUGCAGAAUAUCUGUGAUGACGUGCAGUAUGUGAAUGUCACUGCAAAGGACCCAGAUGGACCCCAAAACAGUGGGCCUUUCAGCUUCUCGAUCAUUGACAAGCCUCCUGGAAUGGCAGAAGAAUGGAAAAUAGUACACCAAGAAAGUACCAGUGUGCUACUGCAACAAAGAGAACGAAAGCCUGGGAGAAGUGAGAUUCAGUUCCUGAUUUCCGACAGUCAAGGCUACAGUUGCCCUGAAAAGCAGAUCCUUAAACUCACAGUUUGUAAGUGUCUGGAUGGCAGUGGCUGUGUGGAAGCACUGCGUGACUCCUAUGUUGGCCUGGGACCCGCUGCGAUUGCGCUAAUGAUUUUGGCUCUUCUGCUCUUGCUACUUGUACCACUCUUACUGCUGUUUUGCCAGUGUGGAGAGGGUGCCAAAGGCUUCACGCCCAUCCCUGGCACUAUAGAGAUGCUGCAUCCUUGGAAUAAUGAAGGGGCACCUCCUGAAGACAAGGUGGUACCACCUCUUCUGGCCGCAGACCAUGGGGAGAGCCUAGUAGUAAGAAAUGGAAUAGGAGGCGUAGGAGGUGCGAUGACCAAGGAAACCACCAUGAGAGGAAGUAGUUCUGCCUCCUUUACCAAAGUGCAGCAUGAUAUGUCUGAGAUGGACGGAAGAUGGGAGGAACACAGAAGCCUUCUGUCUGGUGGGGCUACCCAGGUGACAGCCACAGCAGGAGCCAUCACGGGCACUGAAGCCAUUCGGACCACAAAAGCCACAGGGGCUUCCAGGAACAUGGCUGGAGCUCAAGUAGCAGGUGUUGCCGUGAAUGAAGACUUCUUAAGAAACCACUUAACUGAUAAAGUGGCCUCUUACACCGAUGCAGAUGACAUUCACACAGCCAAAGAUUGCCUUCUGGUUUAUUCUCAGGAAGAAACUGAAUCUCUACAUGGCUCCAUUGGCUGCUGCAGUUUUAUUGAAGGAGAGCUAGAUGAUCGCUUCUUAGAUGAUUUGGGACUUAAAUUCAAGACACUAGCUGAAGUCUGCUUGGGCAGGAAAAUAGAUAUGGAUGUGGAAAUGGAGCAGAGGCAAAAACCUGUCACAGAAACAAGAAUGAACACAGCUUCACGUUCAGCCUAUGAACAAACUAUGGUUAAUUCAGCGAAUACCUACUCCUCUGGUGGUAGCUUUCAAGUUUCAAAACCUUUGCAUGAAGCAAGUGCAGAGAAAGUAAGUCAGGAAAUAGUCACUGAAAGUUCUGUGUCUUCUAGGCAAAAGGCUACACUUGUUCCUGAUCCACUGGCUUCCGGUAAUAUUAUUGUGACAGAAACUUCCUAUGCUACAGGCUCCACUAUGCCCCCAUGCACUGUGACGCUGGGUCCUAGACAGCCACAGAGCCUUAUUGUAACCGAGAGGGUGUACGCCCCAGCCUCUUCUUUGGCAGAUCAGCAUUAUAGUAAUGAAGGCAAUGUCGUGGUUACUGAGAGAGUCAUACAGCCUAGUGGAGGCACACCUACUCCUCUGGAAACCAUGCAGCAUUUGCAAGAUGCACAGUACGUUAUGGUGAGGGAGAGAGAAAGCAUCCUCGCCCCCAGCUCAGGUGUGCAGCCUGUGCUGACCGUGCCCAAUGUAGCAGUAGGACAGAACGUGACGGUGACAGAAAGAGUGCUAGCACCUGCUGCCACCCUGCAAUCCGCUGACACCUCCCUGAAGGCUAGAAACACCAGAGUCCUUGGCCCUCUGACAAAUUUUGGUUUAGAGGAAUCCAGUCUUGCUAAUUCUAGCAUAACCACAUCUUCCACCAGAGUCACCAAGCAUAGCACUAUACAGCACUCUUACUCCUAAACAGCAGUGACCGAUUUCAUGUUUUCUAUGUACUUGGCUUUUAAAGAGCCUUACAGACCAUGCAGAGACAUACUGAACUUAACAUUUUUCUCAGUCACUGACAUGCAAAGGACCUCACUUUGUCUGCUUCCAGAAUCUAUUUCCAAAUGCUCCAAGACUUACUGAAAACAUAGGGAUGAUACUGUUUCCUGAGUGCCUUGCAGGUGAGUUAUCCAAACAGUAUUCACAAAAUGAGAUAUUAGGUCAUUGGGAAAGUCAUGACUAUGUUUUUCUAUGCAAAAAAAUGCAUCAUGACUUUCCCAACGACCAAGUAAAUAGAAAGUAAGCCUGUCUUUUGAGAAUUUACCAAAUUGAUGUAGACUAUCCAGUUCAUCGAUCGUUCAUAGAGCACCCAGGGACAUUGAUUGGGUCUCUUUGCAUCCUAUAGUAACAUUUAUGUUCUUAUUCUGUACUUUACUGUACCUCGCAGAUUAUCAACUCAUUUAUCCAAAGAUACACACACAGCGUAAGCAACUAGUUAUGCUGUUGGUUUUCUUUAAAACUGGAAGCCUUUUCAUCUGUGCUUGAUUUAUUCCAUUUUAAAACACCAACAUGGUGGGGGUCAAUAGAUGGCGUAGUGGUUAUAUCACUAGACUCCCACAUGGCCCAACAGGGUUUGAGUCCUGGACCCAAUGGCUUGAACC